CGCCCCCGACAUUGCUUUUCCAGAAGUAGAAGGUCCUCUAAGACCACGGGGUUCAACUUCCUGCACCGAGGUGUGUGCCUAGACCCCUCGGUAUGCGAUGUCUAAAAGGAUGGCCGAUUUCUUACAUUAUUGUUCGCAGAAAUCAUAAUGUGGGUCACCAUGCCUCUCACGUCGCGGUCAGGGUGUCAAAGGCAUUGGACAAUGAUUUAAAUGUAAUACUUCGCAUUGGCAGCAAUGGGGAUGAAGAGGAGGAAGACGAUGAUGAGGAUGAAGAGGAGGAAGAGGACAGAGAGGAUAGAGAGGGGGAGAGGAAUCAAGAUGGAGUGUUGGAGGACGAGGAGGAUGGAAGCGAGGAUGAAGAGGAGGACGAAGAGGAGGAUGAAGAUGAGAUGGAGAUACCGGAGGGGGGGCAAAGGCAUGGAGACGACGUGGGUGAGGGAGAGAAUACGGAGGAAGAAGGAGAGGAAAUGGGAGAGGAAGAGCAGACAAAGGAGGACAAAGAUGAGGACAGAGAGAAGGGCAGAGAGGAAGAUAGACAAGAGGACAAAGAGGAGGACAGAGAAGAGGGAAAAGAAAAGGAGGGAGAAGAUGGGGAGCGGGAGAUGGGGAGAGUUUUGUGUGACAUGUAGUUGUUGAGGACUGUUAUUCUCAAACUUCAUGCAUGAGAGGGUGGAUGGUGAUCUUUGGAAAGAACUCUGCAUAGCCCACUUGAAGAGAUUCAGAGGUCUUUCCAAAGGAAGGCGUGAUUGACUCCUCAUUGUCGCAUCUCCUUUCGACCUCGAAGACGAUUAUUGCUUAGAUGUGGAUAAAGAGUGUGACUUUGA